CUCACUCACACACAGACACAGACACUCACUCACACACAGACACAGACACUAACCCUUUAAAUCAGCCAUGAACACCAUCAGACAGGUACCAGCAAAGGUGCUCAACAGACGCUCUGGACACAGCCUGGAAGCAGAGAGAGAGCAGUUUGACAGACAGCAGGCUGCCAGCAUCAGCAAAGCUAUAAAUGGGCAGGAGGUACCUGUGAAGGAAAAACACGCCCGCAGAAUCAUCCUGGGGACUCACCACGAGAAAGGUGCCUUCACCUUCUGGUCCUACGCCAUCGGGCUGCCUCUGUCCAGCAGCUCCAUCAUGAGCUGGAAGUUCUGCCACGUUCUCCACAAGCUGCUGCGGGACGGUCACCCCAACGUCCUGCAAGACUGUACGAGGCACAAGAGCAACAUCCGGGAGAUGGGGAACCUGUGGGGUCACAUGCACGAUCGGUACGGACAGUUGGCCAGCGCCUAUGUCCAGCUCCUCAACACCAAGAUGGACUUUCACAGAAAGCAUCCAGAAUUCCCGACCAGCCUGGAGGUAACGGACGAGGAGCUGAAUAAGGCCUCGGGAACGGACGUGAAUAAUGUUUUCCAGCUGACAGUGGAGAUGUUCGACUACAUGGAUCGUGAGCUCAAAGUGGCUGAAGCUGUGUUUCGCUCUCUGGAUACCUCCUACGCGGUGUCUCAGACACCCUCGGGUCAGUGUCGCCUGGCACCGCUCAUCCAGGUCAUCCAGGACUGCAGCCACCUGUACCACUACACCGUCACCCUGCUCUUCAAGCUCCACUCCUGUUUACCAGCCGACACAUUACAAGGCCACCGUGAUCGUUUUUAUGAAGAAUUUCGCAGCCUCAAGACCUUCUUCAGCCGAUCGCGGGACCUGCUCUACUUCAAGCGGUUGAUCCAGAUCCCAAAGCUGCCCGAGGAACCCCCCAACUUCCUGCGGGCCUCAGCGCUGGCCGAGCACGUCAAGCCCGUGGUCAUCAUUCCCGACGAGGAGGCCCCGGCCGAAGAGCCCGAGGAGCAGCCCAGCACCGCCUCCGAGGCCCAGACCCUGGUGGAUCUUGACAUCUUUGACGCCACCUUUGGGCCCCCGACCAACAACGGAUUUGUCAAAGACGACCGUGACCUGCAGAUCGAGAAGCUGAAACAGGAAGUGGAGCAGUUGCGAGCGGAGCUGGAGGCGGUGAGGUCUGAGGCCCAGAGGUAUAUCACGCAGCUGAAAGCACAGAUUAACACACUGGAGACGGAGCUGGAGGAGACGCGGAAGCUCAAACAGAAGGCUCUGGUGGACAACGAGGAGCUUCGUGUGGAGCUGGAGAAGCUGCGGGGAGAGAGGAGCCACUCGGAGCGAGCACAGCUGUCCCUGGUGGAGGCCGAGAAGAAAGUUCAGGCGAACGAGCAACGAUACAACAAACUGAAAGAGAAGCACAGCGAGCUGGUCAAAACGCACGCCGAGCUGCUCCGCAAGAGCGCUGACGCCAGCCGGCAGCUGACAGUCUUACAGCAGAGUCAGGAGGAAACGUCACACAGUAAACAGGAGCUGCAGCAAGUCCUGGAGCAGAUGAGGAGCGAGGCCGAGACCAGGCUGGAGGAGGGGAAUGCGGUGAUGGAGAAGCUGACGAGAGAGCUGGCAGAGAGCCGGGGGGAGCUGGCUGGGAUCCAAGGCUCGUUACACAGCUCCCAGCAGACAAGCACCGAGCUGCAGUCCCGGCUGAAGGAGCUGGCGACGGCGAGAGAGCGCGCGCAGCAAGCUGCGAGGGAUAGCGAGGCUGAGGUGCAGAGGCUGAGCGAGCGGUUGGAGGAACAGGACACGUCACUGCGGCGGGAGCAGGAGCAGAACUGCCGGGAAGUGGCCGAGCUCCGGGGAAAACUGGCCGAGGAGGGAGAGAGCCAGCGGCGCCGGGAGCAGAGGCUGACGGCCGAGCAGUGGGAGCUGGUGUGUGGCAGCGCCCGAGAGGCUCAGGCCAUCGUACAGGAUGCCUUGGCCACGCUCUCCGAUCCCCUGCAUGUCCGCUGCACCAGCUCCCCCGAUUACCUGAUCAGCCGAGCCGAGGCGGCAUUGGAUUCCGUGGCCUCAACGCACGAGGGACUCAGCCAGUACCUGAGCAACAGGGCAGACGCGGGCAAGCUGGUGCAGGCACUGGCACGCUUUGCCCACCUGACGGCCGACACCAUCGUCAAUGGCAGCGCCACUGCCCACCUGGCCCCCACCGACCCGGCCGACAAGCUGACAGACGGCUGCCGGGAGUGCGGAGCUGAGACCCUGCGGUUUCUCGGUCACCUGAAGGAUGAACAGUUGGUCAGCCAGGCCGACCUCGGCCCGGUCAGAGGGGCCUUACACACCAUCCUCCAGCUUGGCCAGGAGCUGAGGCCACGGAGCCUGGAGGUGGGGCAGGGGGAGCUGGGGGAUAUGGUGGACACUGAGAUGGCAGCAACGUCCGCAGCCAUUGACGCCGCCGUCAGGAGGAUCGAGGAGAUGAUGAGCCAGGCCAGGCUGGGAAGCUCUGGAAUUAAACUGGAAGUUAACGAGAGAAUCCUGAACUGCUGCACAGACCUGAUGAAGGCCAUCAGGCAGCUGGUGGUGUCCUCGACGAGCUUACAGAAGGAGAUCGUGGAGAGCGGGCGGGGAGCCGCCACCACCAAGGAAUUCUACGCCAAAAACUCCCGCUGGACGGAGGGGCUGAUCUCCGCCUCCAAGGCUGUGGGGUGGGGAGCGACCCAGCUGGUGGAUUCUGCGGACAAGGUGGUUCUGAAGACGGGGAAAUACGAGGAGCUGAUUGUCUGCUCUCACGAGGUGGCGGCCAGCACCGCGCAGCUGGUGGCCGCGUCAAAGGUGAAGGCUGAUCGCAGCAGCAGGAACCUGAACAGACUACAGCAGGCGUCCAGGCAGGUGAACGAAAUGGCAGCCAAGGUCGUGGCUUCCACUAAGUCAGGACAGGAGCAGAUAGAGGACCGAGAUACGAUGGACUUUUCAGGAAUGUCGCGGAUUAAACUUAAAAAGCAGGAGAUUGAGUCCCAGGUGAAAGUUUUGGAGCUGGAAAACAAGCUGGAAUUGGAGAGGUUGAGGCUGGGGGAGUUACGGAAGAAACACUAUGACCUGGGAGGUGCCUAUGACAACGCGGUGGGGGCAGAAAUCUCACCCGAAAAGCCCAGCUUUCCGGCCAAACCUCUCCCGUCUCCAAAACCAAUCGUCCCACCCAAGAGCGUCGCUCAGUUGAACACACAUGAUGGGGUCUACAAAUCCCACCGGAAAUGUUAACAAUGAAGUACUGAGCGAGAGCCAAGCUGAACUCUCUCCCUCCCCCGACUCACUGACACACUGACUGUCUCCCCUUAUGUCAAACCUCUUUCAAACGGUAAAGUAACUGUGUCACAUUCCACACACUUGCUUACUCUGGAUUCUUCCUUCACAAGUUGCUUCUGCCUUGGCAGCUCCCUCCCCUCUUCUCCCC